GUUCUCAACUCGUUCGGCUGGGGGCUCUUCGCUUUUCUCGGAAGUUUAGCGACUAGCUUUAUUAACGUGCAUUAUAUUGCGGAGUUGAAUUUUUUUGUUAGUGUUAUUAAUAUUAUCGGGCUUAUGUUUGGAAGCCCCCUUUUCGCUGUGCUUUUUAGCAAGGGCGUUGAAUUAGAAGAAAAGUGGUAUAGCUUACCAUUUUCUUUUGCGCUAAAGCUAUUGUAG